AUGGCUCGAUUGACUCAAGCCCAAGGGCCAGGCGUGGUGCGUCAAGUGGACCUGUACUUCGAGGAGAACGCCGCCCUCAACAACACCCAGCUCUACAAGACCAUGCAGGGCCAGUUUUCCGCGCUCGUCCUGAGGCGGGCCAGCAUCUUCAAAGUGGGGCUGCACGUCGACCGAGCUGCCAGGCAGUCCAUGGGUCAAUGCCAGCUUAUUAUGUCCCUCGGCAAUGAACCCAACGAAGAGGAUGGUUCGAUGGCUCGGCUGGCCGUACCCGCUGCCGCCGGCACAGGCAUGCUUUCGGGUCAAUGGAGCAUUUCGCUGCAGUCCGAAAGCAUGGGCAUGCUGAUGCUGGACGUGCAAGUGCCGGUCAGCGCUCCCGUGGGCCGCUGGGGAAUGACGGUGGCAGUAGGGGGUGAAGUCGUCUUUACGGUCCGGAUUCCCAUCUACAUCAUCUUCAAUCCCUGGAGCCCAGAGGACCCGGUGUACAUACCGGACGAUGUGGCGCGGAACUUCUACACCAUGCAGGACAAAGCCGUCAUCUUUCAUGGAGUUGAGGAUAUGAUCCUCACGAAGACGUGGUACUACGGUCAGUUCGACAAGGUGACCCUGCCAGUCAUCGAGUUCCUCAUGAAAAUCAAACAAAUGACGCCUGCCCAGAGGUCGGAUCCCAUUGCCGUUGUGCGGGCCAUGAGCGCUGCGGUGAACACCAACGAUGAAAAUGGACUGGUGAUCGGCCUCUGGAAGGAGCCCUUCAUCGACGGCAUCCACCCCUUCGCCUGGUCUUCGUCUCCGACUCUCCUCCACAGAUACAUGGAGUCCGGCGGGAACGGUGUCAAGUAUGGACAGUGUUUUGUCUUCGCCGGCCUGCUGACCGCCCUGCUUCGAGCUCUCGGGGUGCCGGCUCGCGCCAUCACCAACUACUCGUCCGCACACAAGGAUCCUAACCACGACAACGUCAAGUUUUUCUUCAACGACCAGGGACAAGUCUACCAUAUGAUAGGCUCUGUCUGGAACUAUCACGUGUGGACAGAAUGCUGGUUGAAUCGGACGGAUCUUCUUGGUAACUUCAGCGGGUGGCAGAUUGUCGACGGGACACCCCAGGCUCAAAGUGUCGAGUCGGGGUUUUACGAGGUGGGUCCUUUCCCGACCACCUGCGUGCUUUUGGACCGACUGGACGUCCCGUACGACGGCGUGUACACCCGUGCAGCCGUCAAAGCGUCGUGGGAGAUGUACAGUCAGGAUCCCAGCCAACCGGAAGGCGUGAGGCUCGUCAAAGUAGUGCACAACAAUUCCGGACGUCUGCUGGUAACCGAAGAAAUUAACGACACGCCGGGCAGCGGGAACCCCGAAGACAUCACCGCCAACUACAAGCAAACGCAAGCGACUGGACGUCAACUGACGGAGCAGCCGAUCGAGAUAGCACUGAAGCACAACACCGCCGUGGAAGUCGGCGAGCCUGUGGUGAUCGUCUGUACGGCUACGAACAACGACGUGCAACCCCACCAGGCCAACAUCACUCUGACUGCAAGUUCGGUCAUGUACAACAGCUGGAGUCCGGUCGUCGUGGGCAGCAAGACUACAUCGGUGACCGUGGCGCCCGGCUCAGCGGAAUCCUUCGAGUUGGUCAUCCCGCCCGAGAUGUACAUCGGCAAGUUGCACGUGGAAGGUAUGAUAGAGGUCCAGGCUGGCGCCAGUCUACCGCAAGACAUCGUCGUGGCAAGGGGUGUCCUCUUCAUCAAGAUGCCCGCUCUCAGUGUCAACAUCCUGGCAAACAGCCAAGCUCCAGGAGAAGUCCACUUCCAGCUUCAAAUGCCAAACCCCUUGAGGACGCCCCUGACGCAGUGCGAGCUCAUUCUGGAACUCCCGGGGUCAACACGUCUCUUGGAGAAGAUUCCCAUCGAAGAUGUUCCGGUCGGCGGAGUCUUCGAGAGAAGCGGCACGCUCAUCGCCGACAGCCCGGACACCAAGGAGCUGAUUGCCACUUUCAUGUCGGCCGAACUGCCCCACGUGCAAGGCAUCGGAGCCAUCUGAUGCAUCGCUGCGGACUGCAAAGAAACUCCCUGCGUUAUGACGC